GGGUGAGAACUGCUGAACAACCGAACCCUUCUGGCAACAUGCUGAAGCGCGCGCGGGAGAUUGUCAAGCACUGGAAAUGGUACCACAUCUGCGGGGGCAUUGCCACCAUGAGUGUCCUGCAAGUUAGCACUCUGUGGGUCUUAUCGAAGUCCUACCAUUGGUUCUUCGCCGCGGAGGAGGAGAAGCAGCGUCGGUUCCUGGAGCGCUAUGGGCGGCCCACAGAGGCACAGCGCCAGGAGGCCUACAGCUGGAUGGCCCCGGACUACGACCAGGGCGUGGGCUUGCUGGAGAGCGGCGUGGCGGACAAGUUCCGGCAGGAGGUCUUCCAAGGUGCCAGCGGCGAGGUGCUCGAGGUGGCGGUCGGAACCGGGCGCUGCUUCUCAGUCCUCGAUGCCGCAGAGGUGACGAAAUACGUCGGAGUGGACGUGAAUGAGGCGAUGCUGACGGAAGUGCGGAAGAAGCUUCCAGAGAGGCCCUUCAAGGCUGAGGUCGUCAGAGCGAGUGGCGAGCGUUUGCCCUUCGAGGACGGCUCCUUCGAUACCGUGAUAGGCUCCCUGUGCCUUUGCGCCCUGGAGAAUCCGGCCAAGGGCCUCGAGGAGAUGGUGAGGGUUUGCAAGCCGCAGGGCAAGGUGUUGCUGCUUGAGACGGGCGUGGCCUACUUGACGGUGGCCCGCUGGGGGCAAAGGCACCUGGGCCUUGUGCCCAACCCCACCCACGAAUGGGAGUUCGGGUACCGGGAUGAUCUGGAUAUCCUGGAACUGCUGGAGGCCUGCAGUGGACUGGUGGUGGAUCAGGUGCGAGCUCGAGGCAUGGGGAAUUGGUACCUCAUCUGGGCGCGGUCUGAGUGAUGCGAUCGGAUCGAUUCUGCGAGUCG